AUGUUAAACCGUAAGGUGUUUGCAUUUACUGCAUCCAAUACUUUGUCGUCACCUACUGUGCUAGAGAAUGAGGUACUUGGCAAGAUGUUGCCAUACUCCUUUGUGCCAAUUGCGCGUUACACUGGGGCAGGGUCUGCACCUCGACCAUCAAGGGCAGCACGUGCAAUUGAUGCAACAGUCACCAUUGCUCCACCUCCAGCACCUCUAAAUGAAAUACCACCAGAGUUAGAGGAAAUUCAUAUACACAUGAUGCGCACUGUGGAUGAGUUGGAGAAUUUGACACGUCGACGUCGUUGGGGUCCUUUCACAGAGCUUAGGAGUCAGCUGCGUUGGUUUGGCUCUUGCUCAAUGAGAGACUAUGCAAAUAAGCUCAUUUAUGCAUAUUUGCAAGGUGCUGCGAAUAUGGCGAACAAGCUUCUUGGCAACGCUAUUGACAACUCUAGAGCAAGACAUUUCUAUGAGCAGGUCAAUGCUGCAUCCUUUGUUUCAGAGGAAGCGUUGGAGUCUAUCUUUCCUGCUGAAUUAACACAUAUUGGUGAACCAAAGUCCAACAAUAUCACUUCGGUACCUGAGUAUCUUGCACAGUGGGUUUUCCAACCAGUAGAUCAGGUGACCAUGGAGGGGUCACAGCUUGUAGGAGUUAUCGACCUUGGUCAAAAUUAUCGUCACUUGAAGGAAUCACGGGUAGCAUACAUCAUCACAGUACGCACUUUGAAAAGCACUGGCAGGUUAGAGGAUGCAUGUAGAUUGUAUGAUACCAUCAUGGAUUUGCUUGCUCCUAUGAAGGUUACAUUCAUGCAAGAUAGCAACAAGUGCGUUACAAAGGGCAAUGUUAACCGUGUACCCAAGAUCAAGUUUGUAUCCUUUUAG